AUGUCUACCCGCACCCACUCCAUCGCCCCUCCCACAACCGCUGAUGCCUUCGCCGCAUACUCGCAAGACAUCUCCCGCGCUAUCAUCACCUCCACCCACACCAAGACCAACAAGCUCUCCCACGAUCUGGUUGACGGGAUGCCUCCCGCACCACCACCUUCGCCGGUCAGCUUUGCCAUUGACAGUAAUGGCGGGAACAUUGCCAAGAGGGAGAAGAUUCCUUGCUUGAGUUUGGAGUAA